AUGGGGGAUAUUGUUCUUGCUUUCGACAUUUAUGGCACACUGCUCUCCUUUGAGGCUGUCAUCCGUGAGCUGGAGCGCUUCUUGAAUGACGAUGCCCGGGCCCGCACCGUGGCACAGACAUGGAGACGCUACCAGCUUGAAUACACCUUCAGGCUGAACAGCAUGGGGCGCUAUCUUACCUUCCUGGAAGUUACCAGGAAUUCCCUUCUGCAUGCCUUGGAUGAUACGGGUACCUCGCUGGGAGACAAGGAGAUUGAGCAUCUUAUGGCGACCUAUGAUAGACUGACACCCUUCCCCGAUGUCGAGGACGCUUUAAAUCAACUUUCAGCCUUUCCGCAAGUCACCUCAGUCAUCUUUUCAAAUGGCACCCGGGGCAUGAUAGCUAAUUGUGUGGAGAGCUCGACGGUUCUAUCGCAGCACAAAACAUUCUUUAGAGAUGUUGUCAGCGUCGACGAAGUGAAGCAGUACAAGCCCGCUCCGGCAGUCUACAAUUAUCUGGCAAAGUGCGUCGGCCGGAACCAGUCGGAGAUGAAGGAUAUCUGGCUAGUCAGUGGCAAUCCAUUUGACAUUGCAGGCGCCCGCAAUGUGGGCAUGAAUGCCAUUUGGGUAGAGCGGGCUGAGGCAGGCUGGGUCGACAAGGCGUUGCCUGAUGUCAAGCCGACAGCGAUCGUUCACCAUCUGGGAGGGAUUGUAGAUGUGAUUAAGCAACAAUUGUCACUAUAG